AUGUCGGACCUUCCAGACUCCUACUCUGGCGCAGCCAGAAAACCAAAGAAGUUGUUCAUUGCUCACCGUAGCUCGCCCAGUGAGUUCACUUCCCUUAUGGUGGAACAGUACAACCUCCAGAAACAAUUGGAACAGAACCAGGCGCAACUGAAAGGCGGCUUGAUGCUGCAACACCUGCAUUCGCAACCACAGCCCCAACCGCAACUGCAGGGCGAAUACAAGUCCCAUUCACGCACUCCUUCCUACUCCGGCCAGACCCACAGAAGAACUGGUUCUGGUUCCGGCUCUGGUGGCCAAUCGCAGCAAGGCCACGCCAGACGUCACUCUCUCGGUCUCAACGAAGCCAUGAAGGCAGCUGCCACCCAGAAACAGUCCAACAUGGCCCAUUCCAUCUCACAAGGCGACACCUCUCCUAAUCGCGCCGGCUCCAUUUCCAAUCUUCCGCCACCAGAUGCUAAUGCCGGUUUCCGUUUUCCAAACAACCCAGAUGUGGAUUCGGACCCUCUCAAUGGCUCUUACAAGUCCUUGGCCUAUGGCCAACAGUCCUUCAAAUUCCCACCUGACAACAACGAGACCAUCACUAAUACCAUUGGGUCCGCCGGCUCAGGAUGGGUUCCUCCGGUUCCUAGUUUCGGACAGACUGCAUCCCCAGACCGUACACACAACCGUCGUAGCUCUCACUUCAGAUCGAACUCCAGAAACUACGACAACAACAACUCUAGUAACAUCAACUCCAAUUGGCGUUCGCAGCAACUGCCAAUGGGCGGUAGCCAUCAGAGAAGUUCCUCUAUCAAUAAUAAUUUGAGUCCUCCCUCCUUUUUCGUUCCAGGUCAUAAAGAUAAGAGCAACUCCUUUGGUGGAAACAACUCUAUCUCUUCCUUGUCCCACUUCAACCCUAACCAAGGCUCUGGUCCUAAUACCAGCGGCCGUAAGUCCCUUUUCGCCCCAUAUUUGCCUCAAUCUUCAUUGCCCGAACUCAUCAACGAAGGUCGUUUGGUGACGGGUAUUUUGAGAGUCAACAAGAAAAACCGCUCUGACGCUUACGUGAGCACGGAUGGCCUUUUGGAUGCUGACAUUUUCAUUUGUGGCUCCAAAGAUAGAAACCGUGCUUUGGAAGGUGACUUGGUUGCUGUCGAGCUCCUCGUCGUCGACGAAGUUUGGGAGUCGAAGAAAGAAAAGGAGGAGAAGAAGAGAAGAAAGGACAACAUUUCAACGAAAUCCAAUGCUACAUCUGUCUUGAGUGAUGAUAUUCAUAAUGAUGCCACAUCUACACUGGUUGUAGACUCUGAAAAGGGUGGCGACUCCGAACCUGAAGGGUUGGGCAGAAGAGGUUCGUUGAAACAGCGUCCAACUAUGAAGAAGAACGACGACGUCGAAGUAGAAGGUCAAGCAUUGCUUUUGGUUGAAGAAGAAGAAAUCAAUGACGAGUCGAAGCCUUUGUAUGCUGGCCAUGUCGUCGCUGUCGUUGAUCGAAUUCCAGGCCAGAUCUUUUCAGGUACAUUGGGCUUGUUGAGACCUGCUCAAGCCGCCCAAGCUGCCAAUGAUAAGAGAAUCGGUAAGGAGCCUUCUGUGCAAACACCCAAGGCACCUAAGAUUGUUUGGUUCAAGCCAACCGACAAGAGAGUUCCAUUAAUUGCAAUUCCAACAGAGCAGGCCCCACGCGACUUUGUUGAAAAUCACGAAAGUUACCUGGACUCCUUGUUUGUAGCCUCUAUUAAGAGAUGGCCCAUCACCUCUUUACAUCCUUUCGGAACCUUGGUCACCAAGUUGGGCAAGAUCGAUGACCCAAAGAUUGGCAUUGAAUCGAUUUUGAGAGACAAUAACUUUUUGGCUGACGAGUACUCUGGCGAAGAUGAACUCGGACAGGACUACCUUGCAUCUUCCUUCGGUCCACUCCCUGACAUGGAAGCAGAGUUUACCAAUCCUCGCAGAACCGAGUACUUGAACCAUUACAUCAUCGCAUUUUCUCAGAAUGGUCAAUUUGUUGAUCACGCCUUGCACGUGAAGCGUCUUAGUGACACGCGUAUUGAAUUGGGCUUCCAUGCGGCUGACAUUUCGUUCUUUGUCAGCCCAGGCUCUUCUUUGGAAAGAAAAGCCAAGAAGAGAUCCUCCUCUGUCUUCUUGCCUCAAAAGGUCUCUCACUUGUAUCCUAAGCAACUCAUUGACUUGGUUUCUUUUAAGGAGAACGAGAAAGGCUUGGCCAUGUCGGUUAUCUUUGAAAUUGACACCACAUCCUUUGAGGUCCGUGAUGUGCAUGUCAAAGAGUCUGUCGUCAUUCCUAAAGCUCUUGUUACAUACGACUCGGUUGACACGAUUUUGGAUAACGGUAUUAUUCCAUCUAUCACUUCUGCUACCUCUGACUACAUCAAGACGUUUGGCCUCAUUGCCAAGGAAUUCCGUCGUCAACGCUUGCAAGACAGAGCCUUGGGCAGCACCCCUGUUUUGGCCUUGUUGGAUCAGAUUGACGAUGAGAAAGUGAAACUUCACCUUAAUAUUUUCCAGAACAGCAGCGCAUUUCUGAUGAUAUCGGAGAUCAGCAACAGGGUCAAUCAGACUGUAGCUUCCAAGACACAUGCUGCAUUGGGAGACGUUGCAUUCUUACGUCGUCAUGCCUUGCCAACACUUCAAAAGAUCGAGGCAUUCGCCCGUAAAGCCGCCAAUCUCGGCUUCAAGAUUGAUACCAGUACCUCAUCCACAUUGCAACGCUCGAUUCUCAAUAUCGAAGAUCCAUUGAAGAGACAGUGCAUUGAGAUUCUCUUGUACAAGUCGAUGCCAGCAGCUAAGUACUUCAUUGCAAAGACACAAGAUCGCGAGAACUUUGGUCAUUGCUACUUGAACCUCCCAAUCUUCACCCAUUUCACAGCACCUUUGAGACGUUUCGCUGACCUCAUAGUCCAGAGACAACUCAAGAAGGUCAUCUCGAAUGAGCCAGUAGAGGCAGACGAAGACUUCGACAACUUGAAGACCAUUGCGGACUAUUGUAAUUUCAAAAAGGACUGUGCCGCCAGCGCUCAAGAACAAGCAAUUCACCUUUUGUUAUCGCAGACCAUCAACGACAUGAGCGAACACGCGGGCCAGAUUUUGGUGAUGGGUAUUGUUGUGCAAGUUUAUGAGUCUUCGUUUGACGUUGUUGUUCCUGAGCUUGGCAUCGAGAAGCGUGUGCAUGGAGAUCAGCUUCCGCUUGUCAAGGCCGAGUUUGACAAGACCAAGCGUGUGUUGGAGUUGUACUGGGAGAAAGGAGUUGACUCUGCCACGUAUGUGCCCCCAGAUGAGAGAUCAUCAUUGAGUUAUAGAUCCUCGAUCAAGAACAAGUACAGAACGUCCGCGUCUGAGGCAGCCAAGAUCCAACACAGCACGAUGAUGGAGAAGAACACCAUCGCGCCCUUGAGCAUCACCGACAAGCUUGCGGCAUUGAACAUCGGUGCACCUAAGUUCUCGAACUUGUUGGGACCACAGACGUUCGCAGCACCACAGGGAGACAAUUUGGCGCCAUACUUGAAGGAUUGCAUCACGCGGGUUGAGGGCCACCUGUACGUGCAAGAGAUCCGGGAGUUGAAGCAGGUGCCCGUUUUGUUGAGGGCGGAGAUUGGAAUGUCUUUGCCGUGUUUGACUGUGCGGGUGUUGAACCCAUUUGCCGAGUAA